AUGAAGAAUUUCACAAUACUCGCCGUUUUCGCCAUGGUCAGCGCCGCAGCCGCAAAACCCGUCGACCCCAUCAUCGACCACGACGGCUCUUCUGGACCUAUCUCCCAUCAUGGACUUGCUCGAACCCGACAAGGCAAGUUCUCUGGAUCCGGGACAGAAAAGCCCAGCGGAGGCUCGUAUGUUGAGCGGCGGUCACCUGGAAGCUUCUUCUCUUCCCUGAAAGGCACGCCCAAAGCAGCCUCGCAACCUGCGAAGCAGGCCCCACUCCCAAAAAAGAUGCCCGAAGAUAUAGAUACACGCGAUCCAGAUGCUUUCAUGAAAUGGUGCGUACCCGAGUGCAAAAGUCACGUCACCGCCGUGGUUAGUCUUGAGGUCGUGAUCAACGAAGAGACAAGCCGACGUAUCGACAAUGAAUGCCAAACCAAAUGCCGUAAUAAAUUAGCCGAAUUCGCUCUCUCUGCUGGGGACGCUACGAACGCCGCCACUGAGAAAGCCCUUCUUGAGCAAGCCGAUAGGCAACGCCAUGCAUAA